ACGGACUGUAGAGGCGAGACAACAACAACUUUUAAAAAUGGUAGAUUCGCCACGAGCUUAAGCAAAGGAUCGAACAGUUUUUUUGUUUGUUCAUGAUUCGAAUAAUUUUGUGCAGGAUAUAUUCCACCAUGCCUUUUUAUGCUGUCCGUGUUGGAAGACAUCCAGGAAUUUACAAUACAUGGCCAGAAUGCCAAAAUGAAGUAAAAGGAUUUCCCAAUGCCAGAUAUAAAAAGUUUAAUUCGCAAGAAGAAGCUAAAGAUUUUGUGGGAAAUACAACCCAUCCAUCGCCUUUACUAGCAGUUAAAAAAACAAUACCAUUCAAAAAUAAAAGUGAGAGCAUCGCAUCAACGCUUCUUAAAAACACAAACCUAGUUUCGCCUGAGGGUUGCACGAGGCACGAAUUUACCAAACGGGAAAGCUUUCCAACUGCACCUGUUGUUUAUACUGAUGGAUGCUGCCUUAACAAUGGCUCCGCUCGUGCAAUUGGGGGCGUGGGCGUCUAUUGGGCACCUUUUCACCCAAAGAACAUCAGUGAGUACUUAGAUGUUCGUAAGCCGACGAAUCAAAUAGCAGAACUACGGGCCGCAUCAAGAGCGUUAGAAGUUGCAUUAGAGAUGAACCUUUCAUCGUUGGAACUUCGUACUGACAGCGUAUACACGAUAAAAUCCAUGACAGAGUGGAUUCAGCGAUGGGAGGCAAAUGGCUGGAAAACGUCUACGCAAAAGGAUGUAACGAAUAAGGAAGAAAUGUUAAGGUUAAGCGCUUUGUGCAAAAAGAUAAAUGUGAAAUGGGUUCAUGUCAACGGACAUCAAGGUGUAUAUGGUAACGAGGAAGCCGACAGAUUAGCACGAGACGGAGCGCUGGGGAGGGGACUGUGACACAAGUUUGAGACAUAUUUGUAAAUAUUUUUUGACAUUAUUUUUUUUUAAAUUUUUGUUUUCGCUUGCAAAAAGCUUAAUUUAAAAA